AUGUUCCGCAGCGACUCCCAACCCUCGAAAUUGAGACGGGCGAGCCUCCUUCCUCGAAUUCGUCGCACUCUGAAGGCUCCUGAUCGUCCGAUCGCCAUACGAAAGGAAUGCAUCACCGACAGGAAAACAACACUCGUACUCCGACCAUACGGCGAUGCACAGUCCGAGGUAGCCUACCAGAUUUGCGACCUCGACGGCGUGACGCAGUUAACGGUGUCGGGGCACAAGUUUGGUGGUCGCUCAUGUCGAGAAUUCCGCGACUCAUCGGGGUUACCGCUAUUCGAGCUCCAUAAGAAAUCCUCCUUUCGCACUGGGUGGUGCGUGACACUGCCUGGGUGUGUUUCGGCGAAUAUUGCGACGGGGGGUCUGCGACGGUCGUUUUCAUCCAGUGUUGAGAGCUUCUAUCUGUCGUUUGAGAAUGUUGCUGCUCUAGAUUGUAAACACAAAGAAGAUAAGCAGCUGACGCUGGAGAUCGAGAGAUUUGGCAAUGCGCUUGCGUCGUUCGAUAUUGUGGAUGGGGAUCGGAAGGUCGCGGAGGUGCGCGAGAGUAUUCCGCAUAAUCGCACGUUGGCUUUGAUGCCAGGUUCGAAACGUGGUUGGAGACCGGCGAUUGAUAUUAUUAUCAUGCCACAUGUGGAUAUUACCCUGGCAACGGUCAUUGCGGUCAUUGCAUCAGACUCAACUUUCACUGCCAAUUAUUGA